ACUGCCCAGGAGCCUGGCAUUGUGUAGACCUUAUAAAGGCAGUAGCUCCAAGCAUAUGACAGUAGAGGGCCCUGACCCCACUCAACCACCACCUACUCCCCAGGCUGCCCUUCAGCUAUGAAGCUCCUGCUCCUCGUCUUUACAGCCCUGGGAUUCCUGGUGACCCCAGCCAAAGGAGGCGGGACAAUUUGUGGGCGUAAGAUCGCGGGACACUGCAAGCUGGAAUGCGGCUCCCUGGAAAAAACGGUAUUCAUGUGUGACAGGUACAAACAGUGUUGUGUCAAAGGCCUCUUCAUAGCAAAGCCCAUGAUGCAACCACCCACCCAGAAACCUAACAAACCAUACAGAAAAUACACAGUUGGCUAAACCGAGGACCAAUGGGUAAGACAAUAGAAUCUUCAAGAAGCCGAAGGACUAUCAUGACUUAAAGCUCCUGUUUUCUCUAUCUCUCCAUCUUUCACUCAGUAAAGAGUUUGGAGUUUGUAUCUAUCCUACAGGAACGGCUGCUCUGUGGACUCAUCCAUGGGGUGUGCGUCAGCUUGGGUCUUCCAAGAGCCAAUGCCAAGACAGAAUUAGACACAAAACCAUUUAUUAAGGGGGAAUACCGGUGACACAAGGCAGUGAGAAGGAGCAGACAGGGAGAGUCCUCAUACUACAUUA